GCCUCCCUUCCUUCCUUCCUUCUCUUACACCUCACCGGCACCACCGCUUCUUCAAUUCAUAAAGCCUAGACCUUUUUGUCCUCUACAGAAUUUCCACCGCUCAAUUCAUCUUCCUUCAAUCGGCAAUUGCGAGGGUUAUGAGCAGCGGCUGAGAUGUCUGAGAAGAGCGAUUCCGGCCAGCUUCCGGACGCGGAGCCGGAUUCAAAUGCGAUUUGGAACGACGUCGUUUCGCCGGUGAACAAAACCGAGGAAUUGGGGAAAGUGUUGGAGGACGCAGGGUCAGGGAAGGAGGACAUGUUCGAGGAUUGCCCUGACGAUAUCUUGGUCGACGAGGUUGAGCGUUUACGGCUUCAGCUGGAUACUACUGUUGCGGAGAAGGAAAGCUUUGCACGUCGGUUUGAGGAAGAGAGAGAGGCUUUUGUUAGGGAAGUUGGUGCUCUUCGGGUUCAGCUCAGGGGUCUCGCUGAGGAACAGCCUUUGGUGGUGAGUGAAAAUGGGGGUGAUUUUGGUUAUGAGGCUGCAAAUGGAGAGAAUGGAGAAAAAGCUGCAGUGGCGGGGAAGGAUGCACCUUGGAAUGAGCUGAUAAAGGAGUGUUCUGGGAUUGUGAAAAAGGCAUUGGAGAAACAGUCUCAGAUUGAGGAGAGAGUGAGAGAGCUUGACGGAGUUGUGUAUAUGAAGGAUCAGGAAAUCGAGGGUCUCAAUGCCAAUGUGAAGUUUUUAUCUGAGGGUCACCUUGAGAAGGAUGCGUAUUUUGAAGCUCUGGCAAAUAGGAUGUUGGUCUCCCUUAGUGGAGUAGUUGGUCAACAGGAAUUGGUGGAUGAUUCUAUUGCUGGGAAACUAGUACAUGUUGAGAAUGGCACUUUUAUGUUGAUUGAGAAUUUCAACCAGAUGCUUUCUGAAAUUGAACAUUUCAGACAGUGUUUGCCUGAUACCGGGUUGGAUCAUAGUUCACAGGAGGUCGGGGGAAUUUUUGCUGCUGCUCGUAAUGAGUUACUUGAGCUCAGAAGAAAGGAGGCGGAAUUUGUUGAAAGAUUGAGUCAUCUAGAAGAUGGAAAUAGGAAAUUGGUUGAAGAACUUGACAAUCAGAGAGCGAUAGCUGAAAGGGUGAAUGCAGAACUUGGACAAACAAAAACAGAGCUGGAACAGGAGAAGACUAGGUGCAGUAAUACUAGAGAGAAGCUUACUAUUGCUGUGCAGAAAGGCAAGGGAUUGGUACAGCAAAGAGACUCAUUGAAGCAAACCAUUGCUGAAAAAAUGAGCGAGCUUGAGAAAUGUAGGAUUGAAUUGCAGGAGAAGUCAAGUGCUCUUGAAGCUGCUGAGUUAUGCAAGGAGGAAUUGAUCAGGAGUGAAAACUCAGUUGCAUCACUGCAAGAAACACUUUCUCAAAACAAUCUAAUUCUUCAAAAACUUGAAGAAAUGUUGUCUCAGAUUGGUUUACCCGAAGAUCUUCAAUCUAUGGAUAAUGUAGAGAAACUUCGAUGGCUUGUGGAAGAAAGUGUUAAACUCAAGGAAAUUUCUACGGAAUUCCAAACCUUGAAAGAUGCUAUGUAUGCUAGUGGUCUACCAGAUGUUAUUUUGUCUUCUAGUUUGGAAUCUCAAAUAAAUUGGCUUCGGGAAUCAUAUUCUCAGGCCAAUGAGGAAGUGCUUGUGCUACGUGAUGAAAUUACUGCAACUAAGGAAGUGGCACAUAAGAAUAUUGACCAGUUAACUGAAUCACUUUCAGCAGAGUCGCAGGCAAAAGAACAUCUCCAAGCAGAGUUGGACAACAUAACAUCGGAAUACAAUGAGAUUAUCAAGAAAGAGCAUCAAGUGUCUUUAGAAAAAUCUCAGAUGGUCAGAAGGUUACUUGAUGCCUCUGGAGUUGUAAUCGACAAUGAGGAUAUCUCUCAACUUUCCUCAGACAUUGCCACGCUUGUUGAUACAUGUGUUGGGAAGAUAAAAGAACAGAGCUCUGCUUCACUUUCAGCUGACAUGCAGGCAAAGGAAGUUCUCCAAGCAGAGUUGGACAGUCUAACAUCAAAGUACAAAGAGGUAGUUGAAAAGGAGCGUCAAGUAUCUUCAGAGAAUGCUGAGAUGGUCAAAAUGUUACUUGAUGUCUCUGGAAUCGUGAUGGACAAUGAGGAUCUCUGUCAGCUUUCCUCAGACAUUGGUACAUUCAUUAACACAUGUAUUGAGAAGAUAAAAGAACAGAGCAGUGCUUCAUUUGAGCAGUUAACUGCUUCGCUUUCAGCGGAAAUGCAGGCAAAGGAAUAUCUCCAAAUAGAGUUGGACAGUCUAAAAUCGAAGCACAGAGAGAUUGUUCACAAAGAGCGUCAAGUGUCUUCAGAGAAGGAUGAGAUGGUCAAAAUGUUACUUGGUGUCUCUGGACUUGUGAUUGACAAUGAGGAUGUCACUCAGCUUUCCUUAGAUAUUGCCACACUCAUUGAUAGAUGCUCUCAGAAGAUAAAAGAACAGAGCUCUGCUUCCCUUUCAGCUGACAUGCAGGCCAAGGAGGUUCUCCAAGUGGAAUUGGACAGUCUAACAUCAAAGUACAAAGAGAUAGUUGAAAAGGAGCGUCGAGUAUCUUCAGAGAAUGCUGACAUGGUCAAAAUGUUACUUGAUGUCUCUGGAAUUGUGAUGGACAAUGAGGAUGUCGCUCAGCUUUCCUCAGACAUUGGCUCCUUCAUUAACACAUGUAUUGGGAAGAUAAAAGAACAGAGCAGUACUUCAUUUGAACAGUUAAAUGCUUCGCUUUCAGCUGAAAUGCAGGCAAAGGAAAAUCUCCAAAUAGAGUUGGACAGUCUAGCAUUGAAGUACAAAGAGAUUGUUGACAAAGAGAGUCAAGUGUCUACAGAGAAGACUGAGAUGGUCAAAAUGUUACUUGAUGUCUCUGGACUUGUGAUUGACGAGGAGGAUGUCUCUCAGCUUUCCUCAGACAUUGGCACCUUCAUUAACACAUGUAUUGGGAAGAUAAAAGAACAGAGCAGUACUUCAUUUGAACAGUUAAAUGCUUCGCUUUCAGCUGAAAUGCAGGCAAAGGAAAAUCUCCAAAUAGAGUUAGACAGUCUAACAUUGAAGUACAAAGAGAUUGUUGACAAAGAGCGUCAAGUGUCUACAGAGAAGACUGAGAUGGUCAAAAUGUUACUUGAUGUCUCUGGACUUGUGAUUGACAAGGAGGAUGUCCCUCAGCUUUCCUCAGACAUUGCCACACUCAUUGAUAGAUGCGCUCAGAAGAUAAAAGAACAGAGUAAUGCCUCACUUGAAUCUCCAAGUUUGGAUGCGGAGCUAUUUGAAACAGUUCAAAGCCACUUGUACGUAAGAGACCAGGAGUUGAUUCUCUGUCAUAAUAUUCUAGAAGAGGAGAUGCUGGUGAAGUCAGAGGUUAAUAAACUGUCAGAGGAGUUACGGAUUGUAUCUCAACAAGUUGAGGCAUUGAAAGAGGAAAAAGGGUCCCUACAGAGAGAUAUUGAACGGUCAGAAGAGAAGAAUGCUAUGAUAAGGGAGAAGUUAUCCAUGGCAGUCAAGAAAGGUAAGGGAAUGUUUCAAGAGCGGGAAAAUUUGAAACUUCGCAUGGAAGAAAAGAACGCAGAGAUUGAGAAGCUAAGGCUUGAGUUACAGCAGGAACAAUCCGCACUGUCUGAAUGCAGGGACAAGAUAAAUAGCUUGUCUGCUGAUACAGAAUGCAUUCCAAAGUUAGAAGCUGAUCUUGUUUCUAUGAAGGAGCAAAGGGAUCAACUUGAACAUUUCUUACUGGAGAGCAAUAACAUGUUACAAAGAGUAACUAAAGCAAUUGAUGCAAUUGUUCUUCCUGUUGAUUCCGUUUUUGAAGAACCUUUGCAGAAGGUGAACUGGCUUGCAGGAUACCUGAGUGAAUGCCAGGAUGCUGAGGCAAAAGCAAAGCAAGAGUUGGGGAAAGUAGAAGAGGAAACAAGCAAUCUUGCAUUCAAGUUGGAAGAAGCCCAUUCAACAAUAAUAUCACUGGAAAAUGAAUUAUCAGUGGCAGAGAAUAGUUUGUCACAGCUUGCUGAACAAAAGAGGGAAAUGGAAGUCAAUAAGACCAAUCUUGAAAAAGAGUUACAGAGAGCAAUAGAAGAAGCUGCUUCCCAGGCUAACAAGUUUUGUGAGGUUUCUGUGGCUAAAAAGUCGCUGGAAGAGGCAUUAUCACUUGCAGAAAAUAAUCUAUCUAUUCUUGUCAGUGAAAAAGAGGGGGCUUUAGUCAGUAGAGCCGCUGCAGAUACAGAGCUAGGAAAACUGAAAGAGGAAGUUGAUAUACAGACCAGUAAACUAACAGAUGCCUAUGAGACUAUAAAGUCACUUGAAGUUGCACUUUCUCAGGUACAGGCCAACGUUUCUUUUCUUACUGAACAAAACAAUGAUGCUCAAAUUGGCAGAUCCAAUUUAGAGGCUGAGCUAGAGAAACUGCAAGAGGAAGCUAGGUUACAGGAUAACAAGCUCGCAGAUACCAGUGCAACCAUUAAAUCACUGGAAGAUGCACUGUUGAAGGCAGGGAAGGAUAUAUCUGUACUUGAAACUGGAAAGAAGCAUGCUGAAGAGGAGAUAUUAACUCUCAAUUCCAAGUUGAAUGCAUCCAUUGAGGAGUUGUCUGGAACUAAUGGCAGCACAGAAAACAGGUCCUUAGAGCUCACUAGUCACCUUGAUAAUCUUCAAGUGCUAAUGAGGGACAAGACUAUGUUGUCCACGAUGGAAAGAUGUUUUGAGAAGAAGUUUGAGAGACUAAAAGAUAUGGACCUCAUUCUUAAAAAUAUUAGGGACCUUUGUGUUUCGGGGGGUUUAGAGCUGCAAAGGCACCAAGUACUGGAGGAAGAUUCAUAUGUGACCAAAUCUUUUUCAGAUGGUCUUGUCAAUAUUGUAAGUGUAGAGAAGGACAGUGCUGAGGUCAAUGGUGCAGAUGGUGACAAUAUACCGUCAUAUUUGAAGACGACCGUGGAAAGGUUGCAGCUGCGAGACAUGGUUCUGUCACAAAAUUUUGAAGGCUUCUCUUCUUUUAUAGAUGAGUUCAUUGAAACUCUAUUAAGAAAUUUACAGGCAAGAAGUGAUGAAGUAGCAGCUAUGUUUGAGCACAUGGAGUCUUAUAAACAAAAAGCAAAUAAUCUGGAAUUACAUAAACAAGAACAGGAGAAUACCAUAGCCAUUUUAGAAAAUGAUCUUAAGUCUCUUGUCUCUGCUUGUACUGAUGCCACCAGAGAACUGCAGUUUGAAGUUAAGAACAAGUUACUUGAACUCAGAUCUGUUCCGGAACUCGAGGAAUUGAGACAUAUUUUGCCCCAAGAAACAGGAGCAAUUGUUGGGGAGACCACUGAUACACUUGAGCAAGGUAUUGAUGGCAGCAAACAUGGUAAAACAGCAGGAAUGUUGUCAGUUGCUUGCAGAAAUGUUCAGACUUUGAUGAGACAGUUUGAGAUCACAAGUAAAGUGGCGGCGUCCACAAUUGAAGAUUUGCAGAAUAAACUGGAAGAAGCUAGAACUACUUCUGAAAAGGCCAUUGAAGAAAGGGAUCUAAGACAAAAUAGGAUUUCCAAGUUGGAGGUGGAUAUAGAAGCGUUAGAAAGUUCUUGCACUGAUCUGACACUUAAACUAGAGGGUUAUCAAGGGAAAGUGGAUAGAUUGAAGGAAAGGGAGGCAGAACUUUCAUCAGUGCACAAUCCGUUGUCAAUGAAAGAACAAGGGAAUGAAGACUCCCUCUUAUCAGCAUCAGAAGUCAAAAUUCUCUUUGACAAAAUUGAACGGAUUGAAAUCCCUAUACCAGAGCCAGAAGUAGGAGACUUAGGAACCCAUAAUUCAAUUCAUGUGAAGAAGCUCUUUCACGUUAUUGAUAACAUUAGUCACUUUCAACAUCAGAUAAGCUCACUGUCUUGCGAAAAAGAAGAGCUACAGUCAACUCUCCGGACACAAUUUCUUGAAAUAAAGCAUCUAAAGGAGGAACUGGAAAGCUAUGUCAGAUAUGAACAAGAUACUGAGAAGAUGAAAAAUGAACUGUCUGUGCUGAUAUAUGCUUUGGAAAAAAUUACAGAUAUGUUGGGAGGUAAUGAUUUAGUUAAAGAUGAGAAGCCUGCUGGUGUGAAAGGACUUGUGUCAGUGUUAGAGAAGCAGGUUAUGGCUUUGCUAUUGGAAUCUAAAAAUUCAAAAUCAAAAGCUCAGGAACUUGGCACUAUGUUGGUCGAGAGCCAAAAGGUUGUGGAUGAACUAUCAAGCAAGGUUAAUUUACUUGAAGUUUCAGCUCAAGGAAGGGUUGCUCAAACAGAGAUUGUCCAGGAAAGGAGCAUCUUUGAAGCACCUUCCUUGCCUACUAGUUCAGAGAUAUCUGAAAUUGAAGAUGUGGGAUCACGUGGAAGCAAAACGAUAUCCCCUGUUCCAUCAGCAGCUCAUGUGCGCAUGAUGCGGAAGGGUUCUGCUGACCAUCUUGCAAUAGAUAUUGAUCCUGAAUCUACUCGUUUAAUCAGCACUGAAGAAACUGACGAGGACAAAGGCCAUGUAUUCAAGUCUCUCAAUGCAUCUGGUAUCAUUCCAAGACAAGGAAAGUUGAUUGCAGAUCGAAUUGAUGGAAUUUGGGUAUCUGGUGGUCGAAGUUUGAUGAGUCGCCCAAGGGCUAGGCUAGGCGUCAUUGCCUACUGGCUUGUCUUGCAUCUGUGGCUACUGGGAGUCAUCAUUCUGUAAAGAAGCCUCUGAUAGAUUACCCACUCGACUUCAUUUUGGGCCUGCAAGCGAAUUUGUAUCAUAGAUAGAUGACAUUUUGUAAUUUUUUUUCUUCCUCCCAUUCUUUUUUGCCACCUUGCAUAUAUGCCCCUUCCCCAAAUUACUACUCUCCGAUCACAUUUUUAGGUUG